AUGAUCUGUGCGCGUGCCAUGGAGUUGUUUGGCUUUGGCCUUGGCACCUUCUCAGAGCUCACCGAAGGAGUCGCCCGAGCACCUGGGGAAGCGAUCCCGUGGCUGCUGGACACUGAUUGCGACAUGAUGGUCUACGUGGAGCGGCGUGCGACCGGGGAGGUGAGUAAGGACUUGAAGUCUUUGGCUGAGAUUUGCCACAAGUUGACAUCGGAGAGAGGGUUGGGUGAGCUCAGUGUGACCGAUCACAAGCUCACGCCCAUGGUUGGACAGGACUCGAACCCCAGGCCCUUUCGCUACGAUGUCAAGAGGAACCCCAAGAUCAACGCGUUCACGCCCAAGCAGCUGCAGACACAGGAAGGAGAGCACAUGGCCUGCCGUGCCACACAAUUCGGGGCCAUCGACUUCACAGAUCACACGAAGGUUGAGCUGACUUCCGGCGGCAACGAGCUCCGACCUUCGAAACCGAAAUUCUGGCUUACCUGCAGAGUUGACCUUCCUGGUGAGAGUGCGGUGCGCUUGUCGUGA